AUGAAUGGUACGCUAGUGGAUCGGAGCAAUCACUUACGACAAGAUGGCGGCUUCUGCUUCGAGAUCCCGCCCUGGCAGCACCAGCCGGUGGAAGUGGACGAGCACCUUAACAAAUUGAAAGAUAUCUGGGGCAAUAGCACGGACAGGCGACAGUUUCGGAAGCCACGCCUGGCUUUAGUUAACAGGCGAGUUGAAAUCAACCGGUACAUGGCCACAGUUAUAGCACCAUUCUUGGAUACAUAUCACAGAAACAUACAAAGCGCCUAUCAGCAGCUGACCAAUAAGAUUUUGAAGCGGAUUAAAGAGGAAAUUAAAGCGGCCUUGAUGAAGAAACAGAAGAUUUAUUCUGAGUUGAUAGAACUGGCGGAUUCAUUGAAUGUACCUGCUAUGUGUGACGAAGAACGUCGCGCAGCUAGAACCCUCGCGAGCAAGCAUGUAGCAAUGACUUAUCAAUGUACGGAGGACGCGAGAGCAUCCAUUGCAAAGAUGGGCAAAUACGCUGAGGAGAUGAUCAGCAUCACGAGAAACCACAUGCAGAAUGCAGUUGCUGACGCAACGAAGAACUUGGAUAAGAAUGUACCGAAAGCGAACAUAACGACGUGUCUUCGCAAUAUUUCACGCGCAGCGGCCUCUCUCGGCUACGAGCUGGAUUUGAGCCUCACGAACGCGCGUCGGCACAACGGCCAGUCCUGUGAGAAAUUGGCUAAUUGCUGCUCCAGGGUUCGACGGAGUACAGACGAUGACGUCACAGCAUUGAAGGAAUAUUUCUAUCAAUGCGUUUAUGCUUGA